AGUGCGAUGCUUAUAAUUAUAUUGCGCUGAACAGGCAGGGGGUAAAGGGGCUGAUCGUAUGGAUCAUUUCCAACAGUGGCAUAUAUAAGUAUCACCAUGGCUACGUCAGACAAGAACACGAGGGAAGACUUCAAUUACCAAGCUGCUAUCGACAAGAUGACAUCAUCGGUCGUUACCAAUGACGACAUUAAACGGUAUCCUGACUCCAAGUUUAUUGACUCAGAGUACAGUGAAAGCUAUCUCGCCUAUAAUGUAUACGAAGAUUUUGACUGCACAUUGGUCCGAACUGAUCUUGGGAAAGAACUUGUGAACGAGUUUUACAUUCUACAAAUCAUUUAUGAAGAGGACCUAUGCAGCGUCUGGACUAGGACAGGGAAAAUCGGAGAGGUGGGCAAAUACAAUAAUGAAAAUUUCGGACUGAGGCUGGGAGAGGCCAUAGACUACUUCGAGAGCAAGUACAAUGAGCUGACAGGUUACACUAGGUCCGAUACCAAGGGGGGCAACAGCUUACCCUCUCCAGGUUCCUGCUCUGGAAAAUACACCCCUGUUCAAUUCAAAUACGACGAUGAGAUUCAACUGAAAGAAAAUCUUGGAAAGCUUCAUAACAUUCUAUCUGAUGAUGGAGCUGCUAAGAUGACCAAGACUACUCUGAUCCAACCCACUCUAGACCUGGUCCAGCUAAUAUUCACCGAGGACCAGCUGUAUAAGAAGUUGACAAGGUUCGAUCUUUACGAAGGCAACGAAAGGAUGAAGAAGUUUGAAAUAGGUCUUAAAGGUGUUGAAUACAUUCCCUUGGGAAUUCCCACCAACACCCAACUAAUAAAAGGCCUGUCUCUUUUGAAAGAGAUCGGAGAUCACAUCAUCCAUCAUGCGACAACGGAACAACAUCGGCAGUUGUCUUCGGAUUUCUACCGCACUGUCCCAUGCUUGAUCGAACACGUCGAACGAGCGGUGAUUGAUGACACUGGUAAAGUGAAGCAACUAAGAGAUGUGAUAUUGGUUCUGGGUGGUGUUACAAAUUGCUUGAAGACAGUUGAUGAUGCUAAGGAGAACAAAGGAGGUAUAAUACCACACCCACUUGAUGCCCAUCACAAAGAUGUCGUGAAAUGUAAAAUCGAACAUCUUUCAGAUACUUCCGAUGAAUACAAGAUGAUUUUGAAGAAUAUAGAGAUGACUCGGAAUGGAUCAUGUGAAUGGGAUGGCAAAGAGACCCUACUCAAUAUUUGGAAAGUGGACAGAGAGCCAGAGUUGACAUCAUUUGCUGCGCACGAAGAUCUUGGAAAUCGUCGUCUUUUGUGGCGAGCCUGCCGGCGUCUCUACGAGUUUCCCUAUAUCUUGAAGGAGGGGUAUACAAUUAGCCAACGUCGUGAUCGUUUUGCAUCUCAUGCGGGGUGGGGCUUGUAUUUUAGACCAUGUUUCGAUGAGGCUGCCAAGCAUGUUGAUGUAGAAAACCGGGUUGACAAUAACGCAGUCCUGUUCCUGAUGGAGGUGGCCCUGGGAAAUUCAGAGGAAACGGAUGAAUACGAUAGAGACGUCACCUACCUGGAAGAAGAAUAUGACAGUCUUACUGCCAGAGGGAGACAAGAACCAGAUCUCAGUCAAGAUGUAGUCUUGAAGCUAGACGGCAACGAUGUCACUUUCUCGCUUGGUGCUCCCAUAGCUCAGGAGAAGUACUCGGAGGCAGAAUUCAAUUUCACCAAAUACGUCCUCUUCACUAAAAGCCAAUAUCGGAUUAGAUAUGUGUGUCUCUUCUCAAGAGACACUGAGUUUACGUAACUCUUAACUAUGCAGUUACCAGCGGUGUAAUGGGUCAACAAUUUUGAGGGGGCUAAUUAUGGUGCCUUUUGAUUGGCAAAAUUUGACCAUCAAAUUUGUUGAUACAUUUCGAUUUGAUAUUCAUGCAUCAAAAUGUCAUCGUCUGUUCGUCUGACAAAAUCUGUUUUAUCCGAUUGUUACCAUAGUAACUGUGCUUCUCAGCUAAUCAAAAUCAAGGGUAGUUGUCAGAUCUGACAAUUUAUUGGACAAAAAUGUUGACAAAACACUCUGAUUCAAACGCACUAUGAACAAACAUUCAAAUUAACAAGCAAAACAAAAUUUGAAGAAAAUAAAAUUAAUUUAAUAUGGACAUAAUUAUGAAGAAUACAUCACAGGUCUGUUGAUAAAAAUGACUAAAAAUAAUUUGUUUCAAGUAAUUAGCAUACACAAACAUGUAUUAUUGUUCAAUAGUACUUACAAGUAAUUCGAUUUUAAUUUCACUGCUUUUUCAUUGUUAUUACUGUUACUGCAUUGUCCUAAAAAUGAUUCCGAUGCUUUCAGGUUUAAAUUUCCAAAUCUAUAUAUACAUACAACAUGUAAUGUACUUUUCUAUGAAAAUUGCCUGAAAACAUUUAAGAGGUUAAACUGCUUUGCUUCUAAUUUUAAGUCACAGUAUAGUUAUUUUCAUAACACAGAAAAUAGAUAGUCAUUCACUCCCUUUACGAUAAAUAAUAUUAUAAAUAACCUUGUUUUGCACACUGGGAUUUAUCCAUAUUGUAACAAUUAACAUAAAUGUAAUUUUGACAGAAACUAAGGCAUUAAUAAUUAAAGAAUGAUCCGGGAGAAUGAUACAAACAGUCAUCAAACAAUACAAAUAUAUAUUUAUGAUACAGUUUUGAUUGCUGCCCCGUGCGUUCAUUUGGUUUUGAUGAAUCUAGAUCUUUCACCAACAUUAUUAUUUCAGUUUGUUACUGUUGGUCACAUGUCUCAGUAAUUUUUCCAAUGAGGUUGUAUGAGAUAGUUCGCUUUUGGUUUCUUCCUCCGUUUUGAAAGUCCAUUUGUCGAACUCUUCGUUCCAUUAGCAUCUGAAAUUGUGAUGAAAAUGAACAUUUUUAUAGCCCAGCCCAGAUGUGAAUGAUACAUUGAAAUUAUAUACAAACUAUAUCUCAAUCAAAGAUUAUCGUGACAUUCAUAACUGAAUAAUCUUUGUUCUUGAUUUAUUUGUAUGUAAAGAAAUUUUGGCAAUUGAAUGACAGGGGGAGUGGCAAACUUUUCCAAAUACCAAUUUAAAUGGUUUAAUAUGUUGACUACAGUUUUAAGCAAUUAAGGUUGAAUAUAACAUUAUAACAUAAUAGGUAAAGGUUGUCACUCCCCUAAUCUUUCAACUGCUGAUUCAGUAUAUCAGUUUUAGUGAGUAGAUGAGAUGGGCUAUACAUUUAUUUACACAGAGUGAUCGUUAAAACUGCGAAUCUUCAAUAUGAGCUUUCCCCACGGGUGUAUUCAAUGUACAUACCUGUUUCUUUGGCUUCUGGUGAUAUUUUCUGAGAUUCUAGACGUUUAGACAAAGUAUCAGCAGCAUUUUGUGGUUGGAUGCAUGUCUUCCACUCUUCCCCAUUUUCCUGGAUUUCUGUAAAAGAUUGAUAAAUCGUACAUGAGGUUCUUAUUACCAAAAUUAUAGUGAAAGAAAUAGAAUGGCAGGCUUAGAUUUCCCAGAUAUUCAGUUACUGCCAUGACACUGAGACAGAUGAAAAAAUAUAGCCUCAUAUUAUCUGGAAGGGAGCAUGCUGGGUUUUUUUUUUUCUACUUCUUUCGUGUUUUUUUUAGGGGUGAUAGGGUAAAACAAAAUAUUUUUAAAAAAUGGAGAUUGAAAAGACAUAGAAUCUCGGAUAAAUAAGAGAGGGGGGGGGAGUGGGAGAUAAAGAAAAGGGGAGUCGUAUGUUGGUUGUAUUAUGCAGCUGUAUUGGGGAAUUCGGAAGAUUAUAACUAUAUGUUGUACAACC